AUGGUGGGGGAGGAUUUUUGGAAAAAUACUAAAAAGAAAGAAGGAAAAGAAGAAUUAAAAACAAAAACAAUUAAAUAUUUAGAAUAUUUACCUUCUGGGGAUGACGAAAAUAAAGAAAUUGAUGAAAGAGAAAAGAUAUUCUCUGACGAUCAACAAUUUCCAAAAGAAGAUAGUGGAUCCCCUAUUUGGCGUCGCAAUUUGUUUUUAGUUGCAGACGAAGACGGUGCCGAUAUUUGCGAGUGGCGGUUUAAUAUUAAAGAAGAUUUACAAAAAAAUAAAAAAAUGGAACAAGAAGGAGUAGGAGGAGGGGGGCAACAGCCUUGGAGAGGAAUUGAAACACCUACUGGGCAACCAACAAAAUCCUGUCUUAAACAAACUCCUCAAACAUCCUCUAGUCCAAAACAACAAAUAGGGAAUAGUCAGGGCUCCGAUUCGUACUUUUUUAAAAGUAUUGUACUUUUUUAUCGACCUUCGUACUUCCGAAAUUGA